AGACUCGAUUUGAUUAGAUCAAAACUCGAUUUAACUUGGCUCGUUUGCGGCUCAGGCACACCCUUUCAAAUAGUGGUCACAUGCCGAACAUCAGUGAUAAUCUUCUGCAAAAGGAGAUGGAAUAUGUAUAACUCCAUACUGAUUGAAUACAGCAUUUCUACUCUGCCAAAGCAGAUAUACGGUUACAGAUAAUACUAAUCUAAAAAAUGUCCCCAGCAAAAAUGUUACAGAUAAGACGAAUGCUUCUUGCAAUCUAUUGGAUCGGGACUCCUUAUUGUGCUUUGUUUCUCUGCAAUGUUCGGCUGAUUUCUCUACUCAAUUUCCACCUCUUCGAUCGGGUUGACCUAACUUGAACUUCAAAAAGAUCGCUGUGGUCAGUUUCAUGUUUGGCUUUCACCCUCCUUUUACUGUGAUUCAAAGGUUUGUGGAACGCAGAUGGGUAGAAUUGGGGAAAAUUGAAGAAACCUCUCUGAAAAAUGGGGUAUUUCUUUUCAAUUUCGAGUCGCCUGAGUCUAAGAUGGGAGUGCUUGAACAAUCUCCCUAGCCUAUGGCUAGCAGAAUGAUUUUCUUAAAACCAUGGACACCUGAUUUGGAUGUGAAAAAGAUGGAUUUGGAGUCGAUACCUGUCUGGAUUCGUCUCCCUCAUCUUAAACUUCAUUAUUACACUGAAACCAAUUUGAGCAAAUUUGCUAGUUUUGUGGGAAAUUCAUUAUAUACAGACAAGCAGUCUGCUGACCAGUCUCCAGUUGCCUAUGCUAGAAUUUGUGUGGAACUGCAUAUAGACACUAUUAGGCCUGAUAGUAUCCCUUACAUAAAUGAACAUGGACAGCUUGAAUAUCAAGAGAUUGAGUAUGAAUGGAAUCCACCUAGUUGUUUGAAAUGCCAGAAAUUUGGACAUCUUGUUCAGCAAUGUCCUCUGGCACUACAAGCUUCUACUAAAUGGAUGCCAAAGGCUACUAGUCAAAGUGAAACUGGAUACAAGCAGGAUACUAUACGACAAAUCCUUGUUCCUGAUGAGCUAUUUUCUCCGAAACCUGUGGAGAGUGUUGCUGAAACUAUUACUGAGCAACAGGGUGAACAAAAAGAGGACAGGCUGGAAACUGAUAAUGCUGCUGAAGUUACUACAGAGCAACAGGGUAAGCAAACGGAGGAAAGGCUGGAAACUGAUAGACAACACACACAGCAAACAAAAGAGUUAUAUUCUGUGGCUUUGAAAAGGAAUGCGAAGGGCACAGCCAAGAUGGAGAUACAACCUAUUGGAAUGGUGAAUAUGCGUAACAGCUAUAGCCCUCUGGAUAAUACAGACAACUCUCAGGUCAUAGAGGUGCAGGAUGAAAAGCUAGGAGGGGGAGCCAGGAAGAAGGCAGGAUUCAAUCAAGAAUUCGGAGAUCAAGUAAAUGUCAUCAGAUUCCUAACUACCGGAGAUAAACUCAAAUGGACCAAACCAAUAUCGACUCCAACAACUUUUGUACCUACUACAACCAAGUCUUCACCAACUCCAACCACUACGGCACCAACUCCAACCACUACUCCAAUAAAGAAAGAAAAAGAAAAAGAUAUCGAGAUGGUAUCCGAGGCAAUCUCAAAUGACUUUUUGAUGAAAAAGAUGAUUCACGAUCCAAGACUGCUUAAAGAGUAUUUGGACUAUUUACAAAAGCAGGAUAAGAAAGAAGAAACCGACAAGAUUGACGAGUCAGCAGAAUCAUCCGAAUCUACUUUUGAUCCAUUCGGAGGACCAUGCGGACAAGAUCCAAAUGACUUUUGAAAAAGAUGUCGGCCACAAAUGGAAAAGGAAGAUGAAACUCAAAUGAAGAGGAAAUGAAAUUCAAAUGACAAGUCCCGAGCCUCUAUAAAUUGAAUCAAGAUUUUAGAAUGAAGGCAUCGGUGAAAUUAUCAGACUAGAUAUUGUAAAGCCUUUGAAAACUCUCUCAACAACUCUCUUAUUUUCAACCUACUCCCAACUACUCUCAACCACUCUUGUACUCAAACUAUUGUAUAAUAAGAAAAUUCAAGCAUUCUUCAAAGCUUCCGUGUGCAACUCAAAGUUUUAUUGUAAGUCCAAAUCUUUAUGCUUAUUACAAGUUUAUAUUGCCUGGGUAGAAGUGGUAUCAGAGCCACUUUCACGUUUAUAUGCACCUGCAUAUUUAAGAUUUUGAACUACUAUUAUUUUGUUUGAAUUACGAUUUUAUUUUAAUCUGCUAAUUCAUGCAUUUAUGUUUACAUAUUUUAUUAAAGCUUUAC